AUGGAUAAAGCGGCUAUCAACGAGAAGUUCAAUCGAUUGAAUCUCUUACUUCAGGGCGAUGAGAGCCUUCAGCAUCUUAACACUCAAAUGAGCACCAGAUUGAACGCCAGAAAGAAAGUUUCCACGCCGGGUCUCAACGACGAAGAAACUAAGGACGAGGCAAUCGCAAGCUCACCGGAUAGCAUUACGCCAUGGUGCUCUCCUCCAGCUCCCGCCCCAGGAAUAUUUCCAAAGGAAAUCGAUCUCGCCUCAUCUUAUUGUCCGGUACUUGCGUUGAGAAACUUUACCCACAAGUUUUUCGACGAUGAAGCCCUCAACAGAGCUCUCUCCAAGUUCUUUGAACCAAAAGCGCUCUUUGGCAGAACCUGGACGCUCUAUUAUCUUCCACUUCCACCAGGAUGUCGCGGCAGAAGGCUGCUUCUUUUGGUGCCACUGAAAGAGGCCCAUGACUUCCUCCACGAGGUCAACACAGCCUUGUCAUGCGAUGUGGCUCUCACGGAAGACAAAGCCGAGGGCUUCUUUCUUCGAUUUGACGACUCAGAUUGCCCCAGGCCUACCUUACUAGGGAUUUCAACCUCACUUCAGACAAGGGAUGCGCUUGUAAGCGACAAGACUUCCCGGAUCACGGGCUCUUGGGCGGACUGGAUGUGCAGUCACAAACCGGGUGUACUGAGAGACCUUGAAUUGAAGAUCGGUAAUGCCCUUUACGCAGAGAAGAAUCUGGGACGCAAGGGGAAGAAAGGGAAGAUGAAACGACUCAACGUUCUGGAUCACGCACGUGCGUGGGCUGAAUGCAUGGAUCGGGUCCAGCAGUAUUUCGGACUACGACCCGCAGGUGCAGGUAUCGUGAUCAAAAUCUCACCGGUCAAUGUGGACAAGCCUUCCCCAUGGCAGUAUCCAGAUGGACCGAUCUUUUUCAGCGUGGAUGUCGAGUGGAAAGAAAGAAAUGCAACUCAGGUGACGGAAAUCGGCAUCUCGAUUCUCGACACGCAGGAGCUAAGGGGUGUUCAUCCUGGACUCCAUGGUACAAAGUGGGUGAGCAAGAUUCGAUCACAUCAUUUGCGUGUGUCAGAGUACCGGCUGCACGUCAACAAGGAGUUCUGUGGAGGUUGUCCGAACGAUUUCAACUACGGGGCCAGUGAGUUCGUUGGUUCCGCGAAUCUCGGGAAGAGAAUAGAUGAUUUCUUCUGGCCGCCAUACGAUGGCAGUCCAGCCGACAGGUCUCCGGAAGCGAAGAAGCGCAACCUGAUUUACCUAGGCCACAAUACCCAACAAGACCUUGAACAACUCGCCGCCGUCGGAAGUGAGAUCUUCAGGAAGAUCUUGUUUAACGGGGCCGAGGCCAUCUUCGAAGAGGUUCUCGAUACUGCCCGACUCCACCAGGGCUUGCGAAACACCUCCAAUCCCGUCUCAUUAGAGAAUAUGAUGGCUAGUCUGAGUAUCUGGACACGCAAAUUGCACAAUGGUGGAAACGAUGCCCAUUAUGCGAUGAUGGCAUUGAUCGCUAUGGCUUUAGAAGCAGCAGGAGAACAUGAAGCUGCCGUGGCCAAGGAGUUACCCCCGGGUUCAAACAUCUGA